AUGACUCUGAAGCAAAUUGAUGAGGAUAUUUCCGAAACAUUAGGGGAUGAUGCUCCUUCGUACAGUACCAUAAAGCAGUGGUGUGCUGAUUCCAUACGGGGUAGAACGAGUACUGAAGAUAAUCCACGCUCUGGUCGCCCAUGUGAAGUGUCCAUUGACGAAAACGUUAAUGCUGUCCUUGACACAGUCAUAAAGGACAGGCGAUUCACAAUCAGACAGUUAGCCAGUGUCCAUAACAUUAGUAAAACAUCGUUGGAACGAAUUCUGCUUGAGCAUUUACACAUGAAUAAAGUGUCUGCACGGUGGGUGCCACGAAUGUUAACAGCAGACCAGAAACGGGUGUCAACUUCUACAGGACUAUCGCAAUGA